AUGCAUUUGAAUCGCAAUAAAUCUGGUAGUUUCAAUCAGAUCAAGCUUCGUCGCGGUUUCCUCAUUAAAGAUAGCCAGCCAUAUUGUGUGGAGUUGACAGCAGAUUUUGGAAGGAGGGAGGAAAAGUUCAGUUUAGCCUCUUCGCUGGAUGAACUCUGCAAAAAGGAUCUCGAAACUGGGCCGUGUCGGGCAGCAAUCCGAAGGUUUGGUUAUUCCGUCAAAGAAAUGAAAUGCAUUAUGUUCAUCUACGGCGGUUGCCAAGGCAAUGAUAACAAUUUCGAAACGGAGGAGGAAUGCAGGAAGAAAUGUUGUGAAGGAACAUGA